AUGCGAAACGAGGCCGACGAAAAUACAAUGACGGAUAUUGCAGCAGUUUACGAUGUUCUGGUAGUUGGGUGUGGCCCUGGCGGUUUCACCGCGGCCACACAGGCUGCGCAAGCGGGACUGCGCACGGCAUGCGUUGACCAGCGUGCCUCGCUGGGAGGAACCUACCUCGUAGAUGGAGCAGUACCUUCCAAGACGUUACUGGAUGAGUCGUACUUCUAUCGGCUUUUACAGCAGCAAGAACUGGUUGAGCAGCGAGGCGUGAGGCUACCUUACCCAAGACUUGACAUGCAAGCAGCACAGAGUGCUCUCAAGCGGAAUAUAGAACGUUUGAGCAAAGUGUAUAAAUGCGAGCUAUCUAAAAAUAAUGUUACUGUGUAUAAAGGAACGGCUGAGUUUACAGGCCCAUACUGUGUCGAGAUUUCACAGCGCGGGCUAGGCAGUUUCAUCGUAGAGGCAAGGUACAUAGUCGUGGCAACGGGAUCCGCGGUCAUUCAAUGUCCGGGCGUAGCUAUUGAUGAAGACAAGAUAGUUUCAUCUGACAAGGCUUUGUCUCUGAAUUACAUACCCCCACGCUUUUCUAUCAUCGGCGGCGGCACUAUUGGCCUGGAAAUCGCGUGUAUUUUCAAUAAUUUCGGCUCCCGAGUAACCAUCAUCGAGUCUCAAAGCGAGAUCUGCCAAAAUAUGGAUGAUGAGUUAGCGUGCGCUACCAAGACACUCUUGCAGUCUCAGGGUAUUGUCUUCCUACUGAACACUAGGGUACAGUCAGCGGGAACGAAUGCCGCGGGUCAGCUGGAUGUCACGCUGCUUAAUAAGCUGUCGAAGAAUACGUGUGUACAUCAUUGUGAUAUGCUGAUGGUCUCUAUCGGUAGGCGGCCCCUUCUGGAGGGCUUGAACAUUUCUAAGAUUGGCUUGGAUGAGCGGGAUUUUGUGGACAAUGUUGAUGAACAAACGCAAAGUUUACUGAAGUUCCCCCAUAUUAAGCCAAUAGGUGAUGUCACUUUGGGCCCCAUGUUGGCUUUGAAAGCAGAACAACAAGCUACAAGGGCCAUUCAAUCUAUACUCUCCACAGACUCCAUCUCGACUUCGAAUUGCGGUUUCUCACCAAACGUGCUAUACUGCCAACCUCAAAUUGGUUGGGUCGGGUACACUGAACAGCAAUUGAUUUCCGCUCAUACCCCGUAUCAGACAGGUAAGGUUCUGUUCUCACAAAACGUAAGAUAUAACACAUUAUUGUCACAGAAAGAGAGCGAUCUUAUUCCGGCUUUUAUCAAAGUAUUGGUGGACUCUCGUAACAUGAAAAUACUUGGUGUUCAUAUGAUAAAUGACGAUGCAAAUGAAUUACUAUCGCAGGCGUCCAUGGCGGUGUCGCUUGGUCUUAAUGCCUACGAUAUUUGUAAGGUGCCAUUUCCGCACCCAAGCUUAUCCGAAUCGUUCAAGCAAGCAACGCAGUUGGCAGUGGCGAGUGGAAUUUCACCUAGCGUAAAUGUCCGGGAAUAA